AUGGUCAAAGGUAAAGGGAAGCGCUCUUCUGGCGCAAACGAUACCUCUCACCAGGGGAUCCCAAGUUCCGAGAAUACCACCGUUCCCGACAUGCAAAUGCCCAAUAUUGACGAGGGUGCUUUCGCUGGACUACGACAGAAGAUUGAACAACGCUUGAAGGAUCAAAGCUCUGGAAAGGGAAAAUCAAAGAACAGCAGCAAACAGAACACUGCCAUUUCUAGUGUUUCUGCUCCCAAAGAUCAAAAAUCUGAGAACAAGGUCGGAAAGAAGGACGGAGGUUCCGUGCAAGGCAGAAAGCGGGAUCGCACCGGGCAAGUGAUCGCAAGAGAUGCGAACGAAGGAGGAAAUCGCAAUGCGGCUCAGCCUGCUGCUGGAUCAAAACCAGGCAACCUCCAGGAGGCUCUCCGCCAAGAAGUUUUAGCGUUGGGAGGUACUGAGGAGGAUCUUGAAUUACUUGCAGACAUCGAGUCCGAAUCGGAAGUUGAAGGGGAGACUUACAAGCCCAAAUCAAAGGGCGGCGAUGAGGACCUCCGUAAAGAGCUCUCCAAGAUGCUCGAGGCGGCCGGUCAUGUUGUUCCCGAUGACUUAGCCGAAGACGAGGUUGAAGAGGAUGAAGCUGAGGCCGAGGAAGAGGAAGAGGAAGGCCAGGACCCCGAAGAUGAAGGCUCUGAAGGUGAUAGUGAAGAGACAAGUGAUGUUGAGGACAAUGUAUCAGAAGUGUCUGAUAUUGAGGAAUUGAAGGCGGCACCCAAGGCCAGGGAACCGGAAAUUGUGAUUCCCAAGGAAUUCGCGAAGCUUGCGAUCAUGCCUCGAUCUGACUGGUACACUGCUCCUCUACCACCGCUUGCUAGCGCAAAGCAGGUGAGCGCCUUGCCUCGUCACCUCAUUGACCGCAUCCAUGAGCUCGCCAAUUCCCUCCUCCAAGCCGAGAACGAUGAAUACGCAAAGGCCCAGCAAGCUUCUGCCUCUUCAUCGCACAAAUUCUAUACCACCAUUAUGAGCUCCGGUACACUGAGUGAUAAGAUCUCUGCCCUCACCCUGGCUGUGCAAGAGUCGCCUCUUCACAACACCAAAUCCCUGGAGACCCUUAUAGGACUCGGAGGCAAGCGAAGCCGUGCCCAAGCUGUCGAGGUUCUUCGUUCUCUCAAGGAUAUGUUCGCACAGGGCACGAUCUUGCCGUCUGAUCGUCGGUUGAAAUCUUUCGCCAACCAACCUGGUCUCGUUGCUGCGUUCCAGGGCGCUGGCGGACGAUGGACAGAACGUGAUCCGCUCCCGGGUGGUCUCCAGAAAAGUCAUCUCAUCAUCUGGGCCUUUGAAGAUUUCUUGAAAGAGCAGUAUUUCGCGAUUCUCAAGAUUUUGGAGGUCUGGUGUAAUGAUGAGAUCGAAUUCUCGCGAUCGCGCGCCGUCAGUUACGUUUACGAGCUGCUUAAGGAGAAGCCUGAACAGGAGGCAAACCUGCUGCGUCUACUCGUCAAUAAACUCGGUGACCCGGGCAAGAAGAUUGCUUCCCGGGCCUCUUACCUUCUUUUGCAGCUUGAACAAACACACCCUAUGAUGAAACCACUCAUUAUCAAGGCUGUUGAAGAAUUGCUCUUCCGUCCCGGCCAAAGUCAGAACGCCAAAUACUACGCUAUCAUUACUCUCAACCAGACAGUUCUCAGUUUGAAGGAACAACAGGUGGCCAUGCAACUCUUGGAUAUCUACUUCGGAAUGUUCGUCAUACUUUUGAAGCCCAACCAAUCUGACAAAUCGACACCGCAGGGCAAGGCCCACGGCAAAAAGGGACCCAAGGGUAAGGGUAAGGGCAAGGGUAACAAGCAUGCUAUGAAGGGCGAGGCACAAGACGACGAGAUGCGUGAGAAGCUGACUUCUGGUGUCUUGACCGGUGUCAACCGCGCGUACCCUUUCUCGGAUGCCGACUCCGACCGGCUUUCGAAGCACAUUGACACUCUCUUCCGAAUCACACAUUCGUCCAACUUCAACACCAGUAUUCAGGCACUGCUUUUGAUUCAACAACUCACUGGUACAACCCAAGUCGCCAGUGAUCGGUUUUACAGGACUUUGUAUGAGUCUCUCUUGGACCCUCGUGUGGCCACUUCUUCGAAGCAGUCGCUUUAUCUGAACCUACUUUUCAAAGCCCUCAAGAAUGACUUGAACGUGCGACGGGUCAAAGCCUUCGUCAAACGUUUGGUUCAAGUGCUGGGCAUGCAUCAGCCUGCCUUCAUCUGUGGUGUCUUUUACUUGAUUCGCGAAUUGGAGAAGACAUUCACUGGCCUCCAGUCAUUAUUCGAUCAGCCGGAGGAUAAUGAGAGCGAUGGCGAGGAAGUCUUCCGUGACGUGCCUGAUGAGGACGAUGAGCCUGCACCUGCACCUGUUGUCAGCAAGCCCAAACAGACAAACGGAUACGACCCUCGCAAGCGUGAUCCUGAGCACAGCAAUGCGGAUAAAACCUGUCUCUGGGAAUUGCUCCCCUACCUUUCCCACUUCCACCCAUCAGUCUCGGUCAAUGCCUCCAAUCUUCUGGACCACGAGGUGAUGAGCGGCAAGCCAGACAUGACCAUUCAUACUCUCACACACUUCCUCGACCGAUUUGUCUACCGCACUCCCAAGGCCAGUGCUUCGUCACGUGGCGCCUCGAUCAUGCAGCCCCUCGCUGGUGGGGAAGCGAAGGAUCGUUUGGUGGAAGCUGGCAAGUCUGCGCUUCAAGGGCAGCCCCUCAAUUCGGAGAACUUCUGGAAGAAGAAGGCCGAUGAGGUCGCCGCUGAGGAUGUCUUCUUCCACGAGUACUUCAACCGUGUCAACAAGGACAAGGCCAAGGUCAAGAAGGCCAAGGGCGCCGAAGCAAGCGGCGAGCGUGACGCGGAUGACACGGAUGCCAGCGACAACGAGUCCGAGAUCUGGAAGGCACUUGUCGACUCUCGGCCCGAACUGGAAGCGGAUGACGAUGAUGAUGACGAUCUGGACAUGGAUGAUCUGGAUUCCGCGUUUGAUGAUGACGAGGAGGAGGAGGGCGAGGCCGCCGGUAGCGAUGAAGUCAUCUUCAAUGAUGAAUCAGACGUGCCAUCCGACGAUGACAUGGCCGAGGCCAGCGACUUUGGUCUGGAGGAAGAGGUCGAGCCUGCGCCGUCGUCGAAGAAGGCCGCUAAGAAGGUUGCCAAGAAGGUGGAGAAGGAUGAGGACGAGGAUGACUUUGACAUGGAUGUCUCGGACGACGAGGCCUUCUUCAACAGCGACGAUGAUCUGCCUUCUGAUGUGGAACUUGGUGGUGUCGCCCUGGAGCCCGAAACGGAGGCAGCGGACAACAAGAAGAAGCGCCGCAAGCUCAAGCACCUGCCCACCUUUGCCUCGAUGGAGGACUAUGCGGCCCUGCUGGCCGACGAGGACGAGGGCAUGUAA